AGACGGGUCCCUCUACGCCUUUGGUAUAACAUCAACGAAGCCGUUGACAACCCAUGACCAAUUGCAACCAACGAAUCAAGAAAAACGCGCCUUAUCACGACAACAAGAUGGAGUUUUGCUCCUUUAGCUGUGUCCUGCUGUUGACAAAUCAACCACCUUCCCGAACAGGAAUGGGGUGGCGCUCCACCAGCAUGGGGGCCAAGAUACGGAUAACAACGGUCGUCUUCCAAGCGAACUUCCCCAGGAUAUGCAGAUAUCUACUAGACCCGAUAACUACUGCAACUGCACAGCGCAAAAGAGCACCUCUCGGAUCCUUCGGUACGAUGGUGAAGAGGGAUCGGGGACAAAGUCUGACAAGGAUCCAAUCCACCCACGCUGCUAACCGCCCCUCCAUCUUCUCCCAAAGCAGUCAAUCAGAACAGAACACACCAGGGUAGGUAUUCGCCUUCCUCGCGGGGGGGAGGCACGAUUUGUCAAAGAUUUACACAAAACGGGCGUUAGCUGUCGGGCAGGCGUCCAUCCCGCACCUGACCUCAACAGGGAAACUGUGUAUCGAUGGAGCAAUUGAUCCGAUUAUGCGUGGGUGGACUCUUCGUCCAUGUUCCGAGGCUUCACCUCUCCGAGCUCGGGAUGGUAAGCCGGCACGGCCAUGUUGAGAGCGCCCUUCCGUAUAAAAGACCCCGAGCCCCAGGCCUGCUGAGACUGUCUUCUGGGUAGAACGACCAGGUCCCACCAACCCCCUCUCCUCACAAUGGUCGGCUUUACAUCUUUCCUCCUCCUCGGAGGUGCUGCUGCUGCUUCAGUCAACCUCAACAGCCACCCUGUCAGGCUCGAGACUCGCCAUGCCGUGACCUCUCGCCUUGGCAACGUCCACCUGUUUGUCGAGAGAGACGUGGCCGGUCCUGUCACCGUUUCCUACGGUUCUUGCUCAUCUCUCUCUGCUAGAGAUGCGCAUCACACCGUGGGCGAGAUCCAGGGAAAGAGACAGGGGACACGCCUUGUGUGGAAGCUUCCCGAGAGGUCUGAGUCUGGGGGAUGCCUCUCCGCCUGGAACUCCGCCGGGCAGCUUCUGGGGAGGAGUGAGCCUCAGCUCCUGGAGAAUCGCCACGCAAAGAGAGCAGAGAAGCGAGCUGCCAUCGCCAUGACCAACGCCACGGGAAUUGAAACCCUUGGUCCCUGGUUCGAGGGUGUCAAGCUCCUCCAGGACCAACAACCGGGGCCCAUUGACGUCAAGGCCGCCAAGGAGAAGGAGGUCGCCAUUGUGGGUGCCGGCAUGUCUGGGCUGAUGAGCUAUCUCGUCCUCACUCAAGCGGGCCUCAAGAAUGUCAAGAUCAUUGAGGCCGGCAACCGUCUUGGUGGCAGAGUUCACACCGAGUACCUGCGCGGCAAGGCUUUCGAUUACUCCUACCAGGAGAUGGGCCCGAUGCGGUUCCCCUGGACCUACAAUGAUCCAGCAACCAACAGCACGCUCGAAAUCACCGACUCUCAGAUCGUCUUCCAGGUCGCCGAGGAGAUUAACAAGCUGAACAAGAACAGCAAGAACCUCACCGUCAGCUUCCAGCCUUGGUACCAGAGCUCGCCAAACGGACUGGUCUACAGGAACGGUUUCAAGCUCCCAUCCGGUCUGCCACCAACUUCUGCCCAGAUUGCGGCCGAUCCUUCCUUGGGGACCCCUUCUAUGCCCCGGGACAACUCGACCAUCGCUUUGGCUGCGGCCCUGAGCGAGUACAUGCCUCCCAGCAGUGUGUAUGCGGAUGUGGCCAACAACAUGUUCAAAGCUCACAAGGACUGGAUCGAGAACGGUCUCAAGGGUCUUGGUGGUGAUACGUGGUCCGAGUUUGCUUUCCUGACACACCAUCUUGGGGGUAGCCUCAACGACACAGAUGUUAUUGGCGGAAGCGAUCACAGCUACUGGUCCAGCAUCUACAGCGGCGCUUAUUUCCGAGCCGCCUCCUGGAAGACCAUCGAUGGCGGCCUCAACCGUCUCCCCUUGGCUUUUCACCCGUUGGUCAACAAGGAUACCAUCAUGAACCGUGCCGUCGAGCGUGUUGCCUUCUCCACCGACUCCAAGACGGGUUCCAAGAAGGUCCAGCUCUCCUACCGAGACAGCAACCCCCGCAGUGGGAAGAAGUCCAAGCUCUCCUCUGCCGGCUACGAUUACGCCAUUAUCUCUGCUCCCUUCUCCGUCGUCCGCUCCUGGAGAAUGCCCACCCUCCCUGCCACCAUCUCCAACGCCAUCCGCAAGCUCGAGUACGCCAACGCCUGCAAGGUCGCCCUCGAGUACAAGACGCGCUUCUGGGAGAAGUACGCCAACCCCAUCCUCGGCAGUUGCAGCACCUCCACCGACAUCCCCGGUAUCGGCUCCAUCUGUUACCCAUCCUACAACAUCAACGGCACCGGGCCCGCUUCCAUUCUGGCGAGUUAUGACACUGGCGCGCUGCUUGAGUCGCUGUCAGAAGAAGAGCACGUCCAGUAUGUGUUGGACGCCAUGACCGAGAUCCACGGCGAGGAGACGAGGAAGCUGUACACUGGUCGGUACAACAGGCGGUGCUGGGCUCAAGACGAGCUCACCAGGGGUGGCUGGGCGAACCCAAGUAUUGGACAGCAUCAGCUGUAUAUUCCCGAGUACUUCAAGACUUAUGAUGGGUUAAUCUUUGUCGGCGAGCACACCAGCUACACGCAUGCUUGGAUUGCCUCUGCUUUGGAAAGCGGUAUCAGAGGUGGUGUUCAGCUUCUUUUGGAACUUGGGCUGGUUGAUGAGGCCAAGGAGGCUGUUGACAAAUGGAUGGCGAGAUGGAUCGAUAUCUGAGUCAAUGAGCCAAAGUUCGCACAGAUGCCAUGACAUGAAAUAAUGCCUAAUGAAUACGUAUAUAGAAUAACAGCACCUUAAUAAUAGCCGGUUUCGGUGAGAAAAAUGAGACAUUUUGGCCAUGUAGAGUUCUCUGCCGUGCUAUA